UUGAAAUUCACGCAGCAGCUGCCGGGACAGCUCACUCAUUGAUGUGUCUCUGCCUCUACGGUGUCCGGCAUGACCGUGUGAGGGGCUGCUUCUCCAGUGGAACGGGAAUUGGAUUACCAGUAUGCGUAGAAACGGAAUAAACAAAUCCGACACGCAUCUAGCUGCUGCUGUUUGCGCGCGCGCGAGGUAGCUAGCUGCCGUAGCUCACGAGCCUGUGGGGUACGAGCUAACCGUGGCUAGCCAGUCGCUCUCUGGCUAGCGACAGUUCACCUCCGAGACGUGGACGGGUAUAAAUACCUGCACCUGGCUGCUAAGCCAGCUAGUUAACCGUCCCCGUGCCACGUAAAGGGACAACAUGGAGCUGUUCCAAGCCAAAGACGACUACAUUCUCCAGAGGGGGGACCGUGCUCUGUGGUGCAGCCGGAGAGACGGGACCAUGACCGUCAAACCUGCGACAGACCUGCUGUUGGCUUGGAAUCCAGUGUGUUUGGGUGUGGUAGAAGGUGUUAUUGGAAAGAUACAGCUUCACACAGACCUUCCUCUGGGCCUCGUAUUAAUCCGACAGAAAGCACUGGUGGGCACUUUACCAGGCGACCACAAAGUCUACAAGAUCACCAAGAUAGCCGUCAUUCCUCUGUCUGACGAAGAGCCUCAGGAGCUUGAGCUGGAGCUUUGCAAGAAGCAUCACUUUGGAAUCGAUAAACCAGAGAAACUGGCCCCGUCUCCGGAUGAGUCCAAGUUCUUGAUGAAAACCUUCAGCCAGAUCAAAUCUAAUGUGGCUGUGCCCAUCAAGAAGAAGUAUUCCCCUGCCUUCCAGGUCAAGGAAAAUAAAGAGAAGGAGCGUCUGGAGAGGCGGCUGCUGGACGAGCUGUACAAGGUGUUCAUGGACUCGGAUUCCUUCUACUACAGCAUGACCUAUGACCUGACAAACACUGUGCAGCGUCGGGGAGACUCUGAGAAGUCCAGCUUACCCCUAUGGAAACAGGUGGAUGACCGGUUCUUCUGGAAUAAACAUAUGAUCCAAGACAUCAUUGACCUUCAGGUGCCAGAGGUGGACUUGUGGGUGAUCCCAAUCAUCCAGGGCUUUGUGCAGGUGGAGGAGCUGGUGGUGAACUACAACGAGACACCCGAUGAGGACAGGAGCAGCCCUGAGACCCCACCGCAGGAGGUCACCUGUGUGGAUGACAUCCAUCCCCGCUUCACCGUGGCCCUCAUCUCCAGACGCAGCCGCCACCGUGCAGGGAUGCGGUACAAGCGCAGAGGAGUGGAUACCGAUGGCCGUGUGGCUAACUAUGUGGAGACGGAGCAGUUGAUCCACGUGCACAGCCACACUCUGUCCUUUGUACAGACGCGUGGCUCCGUGCCCGUCUUCUGGAGCCAGGCGGGGUACCGCUACAAUCCCCGGCCACGCUUAGAGAAAGGAGAGAAGGAGACCAUGUCUUACUUUUCUGAUCACUUUGAAGAACAGCUUAAACUCUACAAGACGCAGGUCAUCAUCAACUUGGUGGAUCAAACCGGACGGGAGAAGAUAAUUGGCGACGCAUAUCUGAAGCAAGUCCUGCUUUACAACAACCCAAACCUCACAUACGUUUCAUUUGACUUUCACGAGCACUGCCGAGGUAUGAAGUUUGAGAACGUGCAAGUACUGACGGAUGCGAUCUCUGAUCUCAUCACUGACAUGAAGUGGGCCUGGGUGGAUCAGGCCGGAGUCAUCUGCAAGCAGGAGGGCAUCUUCAGAGUCAACUGUAUGGACUGUCUCGACAGGACCAACGUGGUCCAGGCUGCUAUUGCUCGGGCAGUGAUGGAACAACAGCUGAAGAAACUGGGUGUGAUGCCUCCAGAACAGCCUCUGCCUCCCAAAUGCUACAAGAUUUAUCAGAUCAUGUGGGCCAACAAUGGAGACACCAUCAGCAGGCAGUACGCAGGCACGGCAGCGCUCAAGGGAGAUUUCACCAGGACAGGGGAGAGGAAACUGGCUGGCGUGAUGAAGGAUGGCGUGAACUCAGCCAACCGCUACUAUCUGAACCGCUUCAGAGAUGCUUACAGACAAGCUGUCAUCGACCUAAUGAUGGGCCUGCCGGUGACGGAGGACCUGUACUCCAUCUUCAGUAAGGAGAAGGAGCAUGAAGAGAAAGAGAAGGAGAGCCAGAGGGGAGCGCAGGAGCAGGUCAGCCUCCUGCUGCAGACCUACAUGCAGCUUUUGCUGCCUGACGAUGAGAAGUUCCAUGGAGGUUGGGCCCUCAUCAACUGUGACAUGAGCCUCGUUGAUGCAAACAAUAAAGAUGUGGAUGUGCUGCUGCUUCUGUCUGACAAAGCUUAUUACAUCGCUUACUACGAUGAAGAAGCGGAUAAAGUCGACCAAUACCAGCGUCUCAAUUUAGAGGGUUUGGAAAAGAUCGAAAUUGGUCCGGAGCCCACUCUGUUUGGGAAGCCGAAGUUCUGCUGUAUGCGUCUGCAUUACAGGAGUGAAGAGACGAGUGGAUACUUUCACACACUGAGAGCAGCAACGCGGAAUCCUGAGGACGAUGGAAGAGACACAUUACAAUGCAUCGCUGAGAUGCUUCGCAUAACUAAACAGGCCACAGGGCUGGACCUGCUUGUGGUUGAAAAGAGGCUGGAUAGGCGGCAGAGUAAACCUCAUGAGGAUAUAAUGGGCAUCCAGAACAAACCUGCUGAGGUCCAGGGUAGCUCUGGUCUAGCUCAGGGCAAAAGUUUCCUCCUCAACAAGUUCUCCUCUCUCAACCAGAGAGUGAAACAGACCAAGACAAACGUAAACAUUGGCCCCUUCAAGCCCCUCGGGAGGCUGGGCACCUUCUCUAAGCCUGAUGUCAAAGUCAAUUUCCUAAAGCCAACUAUGCAUGUCAACCUGUGGAAGUCUGAUAGUAGCUUGGAGACAUCAGAUAACAACCCUGGCACAGGAGCCCUAAAAGAUAUCGGAGACGGCCACUCUGAAAUCUCAGACGACUCUGACUCCUAUAAUUCUGACCCAGAGCGCCCGUGUUCUGGUUCUUUAGAAAACGUGGACUAUGUGCUGCCCAGCUGCGGCAUUGUAGCAUCAAACCCACGACUGGGCAGUCGCUCCCAGUCUAUUGGCAGCAUGGAGCUAAAUAUCCCCUCUGUCAUCAGAGUCACCGGCUGUGACGGGAAGCAGGAAAGCUUCUCUCAAAUCAGUGAUGAAAAGUCCCCAGAGUCCGCCUCGGUGGCCGAAGAAGCCAUUCUGAUCGACUUUGGUACUCCUAUUGAUGCCUACUGCCACCAGUUUAUCCAGGACGCACAGACCAAACCCGUUGAGGUGUUUGGAGAGCAGCCACCAGCCGCUGCCCCCCCACUCCACCCUGCGGUUCCUGUGCAGAACAAGACCCUAGCAGACUCGGACAAGCAGCCGCGCUCAGAGCCGCAGCAGGAACUGGAGGAGCCCCAGCUCCCCAGGCCCUCCCAGCUAGACGUCGACUCCACCGCCUCCAGUUCCAACCUCCUCUCUGUCCAGAAGCCCAGCUCUGCAGCCUCAGGAGGCUCUCAGAGGAGUCUGGGUUCACAGAUGGAGGGCAGCCUGGGCCCUUCACCCGCCGACAGCAACGGCAGCCGAGUGGUGUCCCCCUUUGCCAAGAUCAAGAGCUCCAUGGUCCAGGUGGCCAGCCUCACCCAGGCGGGACUCACCCAGGGCAUCAACUUUGCCGUGGCGAAGGUACAGAAGAGCCCAGAGCCGGAUGCUGUCAACGAAGCCCAAGAGAACGAGCUGAAGGAAAUGUUUACACAGUGCCAGACCAGGAUCAUCCAGAUCUAGUGCUUUCCUUGUAGCAAGACUUUGUAGUCACACGCUGUGUAGAAACUUCUUGUAUGGUAGCAGUAGCAAAAAGCUUGCACAUAGCGUCACUGCUCGGCCAAGAUUCGCGCUCUUAAAGUUGCCCUUUAGUUAAUGGUGGCUCUUGUACAGAACAUAGAAACAUAUAUGUAAGCCCAACAUGACAGUGGCCAUGUUUAUGUGCACAUCAUUAUGGAUUCCCUCACUCUGAAGAGAGCACUAAUUGUCUUGUCCAGUUGUUUUGAUCUAAGGGAAGUUUAGCUCAUAUCCCUUUUACCAUGCAACAAUGUCAGGUGUUCAAAACUAUUGUUAGAAUUCCCAUGUCCAAUUUUAGACGGUAGAAUAUUUGAUUGAAAUAAAUGUAUGUACAUCCAAAUCCCAAAUCACUCCAGAAAUAUUGCUACCUUUUUGAAGGAAAUCCUUCUAUAACUUCAGUUUUCUUAUCAAAUUUCAAGGAUAUUUUCACUACGUUUACCGUAAGAGACAAAUAACAAGACGAAAGAACAUAUUUAGGUUUUGACGGUGUUUUAAACUCGUGUACUUGUAUUUUGUGCAUGUAAACAUGUCACUCUCCUUAGUCUGACAGGUUCUUAUACCCGCAGUGCUCGCAUGUGAGGGUAACGGUAACUUGAGUCUUGACAAGGCAGGUAAAACAUUAGCUGUAUGUUGAAAGACCAAGCUGACUUUAUCAUGUACUGUACGUCGUCCUGUUGGUGCGGGUCACUUAUUGGCGUUUGUGAUAUAGGCCUCGUAAUAGCCCUCGAUUUGUAACAGUUGUUGUAGAAUCCGACCAAAUAUCUUUUAACUAUUCCCCUUUGUAUAGCUGUGAGAAACUAGCCAGGCGACAUACUGUCAGUAGUUAUCCUAUGUGAUAUCAAUGUUGUCCAGUGUAACUUAGAAGAUAUGCCGUUAUAGAAAUAAUGAGAACACAAGACCUUCGUAAGAGUAUCCCGGUUGUUGAUAUGUACAGUGAGUAUCGUGUGUUCAUCUGUUCCCUGAGUACAGCCUUCCCGGAAGCUUUAUUUGAACUGAUGGCAGGGUGGCAUCUUAAUAAGGUCAGAGAGGUAUGAGCAUUAUAUUUUGAAAAGAACGCCCAGUCCUGUCAUGGCUAACCACGAAUAACCAGAAAACCACUGGUUGGAGUUGUUUGAUAGAGCUAACGGUUGUACUUCUGAACUCCGAGGGUUUGUUUGAACAGAGUCCUCGGCCUGCGUUGUGCAUCAUGUACGACAAAGACAGGAGAGUAGCAUAUAGUAGAUAUAUAUAUGCAAUUGCACCCAUCCAAUGAUUAGACACACUGACGCUUUAUGCACUCCCCCAAACUGAAGGCAUAUUUGCCUUAACAGGGAAUGGAAGUGGGAUUAUGUAUAUCAGGUAUUUAUGGCUAAAUCUACCUUUUUUAAGUCCAUUUACACGUUACAUUUGGUGUACUGUAUAAACCAUCAUGUUCAGGGUUACUGUCUGUCAUCGAGCUUUAUCUUGGGAUAUUUCAUCCACUGGAACAUACAAGGAAAGUGUGUGUGUGUGUGUGUGUGUGUGUGUGUGUGUGCGUGCGUGCAUUAGCGCAUCCCUGCUGCUGGUAUUUAGGAGCGCUCGCCUCAGAGCCCUACUUAUAUUUAUGUGCUAUGAAGCCAUCAACGUAGUUAUAUUGAAUACACUUUUUUCCGUUAACCUCAAAAAAAAAGUUUUUGUCUCGUUAGUCACCUGUUGUCCUCCAUGACCUUGUUGCAGUAUAAUGAACCAAGGUUGUCUCAUCACGUCACACUGCUUUGUAUAUCUGUGUCUAUUUAUGAGGAAUAAUAAUUAUCUGGUUUGCUUUGAGCUGAAAUAUCCCAAGAUAGAUUGUUCCGUAUUUUGUGUUUAUAUUUGCCUGUUUUCUGCAUUCAGCUUGCUCACCAGCAGAUCAGAAGUGGGAUAGUUGUGUAUUUUAUCGGACUAUAAUUGUGUUGAGUGAGAUUGUAGCCUUGGCUGCUUUGGCUGCUACAUCAUAGUUAUUAUUGAACCUGCUGAUAGUGUGUGUGGUGCUGCCAAAGCUUGAAGGUAAUAGCUGUAAUGCAAAGUUUUAAUGCUGAGGUUUAAAGGGUUUUUGUUUGUUUUUUAAACUUCCUGCAGGAUUGCAAACACUGGAGCAGUUCUCAAGCAGAGCGGGGACACAUGUCCCAAAUUUGCUGAAAGGAACCAUAAUCCUCAACAUUCCCAAUAUCGACCACAACGCUACAGUGUUUGUCUUUUAUAUGCAGAAGCUGUCCGUUCUAUUUGAUCCGUUUCUUUUUUGUUUUCACACCAAGUGCUUUUGCAACCACCUCCUCCUUUUGUCUGUGGUUGUCCUCCCGUCCUGUUAGGACCACGACAAACUGUCAUGUGACUCGGAGGUCUUAAGGCAUUUGAUUUGCACUGUUUACACACAUUUUUCUACCAUUAGCACCAUUAACGUUUGAAUGUUUGUGGUCAUCGUUCCUCUUUACCAACUGACUGUCAUUGUUUUCCACGGUGUACUGAGAUUGUAUAUUAAAGUAUCCUAUUUAUUCUUA